AUCCAGCCUCCUCUUCCUCCUCCUUCCUUCCGAGAGAGAGAGAGAGAGAGAGAGAGAAAAAAGGCAGGUAGUCUCCAGCUCAGCUUCCAACAAGAAGGGUGACUGGAUGGAGUGGGGAUGGACCGCCACAGGAUUGGAGGAUCGCCGCUCUCGGUGUGGCCCCUCGCCAAGCCCAUAUGUCUUUAUAUAGUGUAAACACACGAGGGGACAGUCCUGGCUGUGCGUCCACUGCGCCGAGCCCUCCGCCCGUCUCUGAACGCCAUGGCCGCGCCGAGCCGUCUCCUCUCGCUCUUGCUGGGGCUCCUGGCGGGGAGCCUCGCAGCCGAGGCGACCUACUACCGGCCCCACCGCUACUUCCCGCACUUCAUCCGCUUCCGCCAGCCUCCCUCCAACAUGGAAAACCACCUCCCGGAGGUCGUGAACGCGGCACCCGGCGCGCCGAGGUACCCCGUCGUCCCCCAGGUCCUCCGCCCUCCACCCGAAGACAUCCAGAGCUUACCGGAGGCUUACCACGCGGAGCCCAAAGUCGUCGUGAGCCGGGUCUUCUACGGCGUCAUGUUCGACGCGGGCAGCACCGGCACCAGGAUCCACAUCUAUAAAUUCAUUCAGAAAGACCCAGUUGAGCUGCCAGUUCUGGACAAUGAAAUGUACCAUGCAGUGAAACCUGGACUUUCCGCUUAUAAAGACAACCCUGAGGAGGGUGGCAACACGGUGCGUCAGUUGCUGAAGAUAGCCAAGAAGACUGUGCCAGAGGAGGAGUGGGAAAGGACCCCGGUGGUCCUGAAGGCCACGGCGGGCCUGCGCCUGCUGCCCGAGGACAAAGCCGUCCAUCUUUUGAACGAGGUGCGACACGCUUUUCGAGAGUCUCCCUUCUAUGUGCCACGCAACAGCGUCACCAUUAUGAAUGGAACAAAUGAAGGAGUCCUGGCCUGGGUCACAGUGAACUUCCUCACAGGCCACUUGUAUUCGAACACGAGGAGGACCGUGGGCAUCCUGGACUUGGGAGGAGGCUCUACACAGAUCACCUUCCUUCCAAAGUCAAAGAAAACAGUUCAAUCUGCUCCCCAUAGUUACAUCGCCAGAUUCAACUUGUUCAACAAUACGUAUCAGCUCUACACACACAGCUACCUUGGAAAUGGACUGUACGCGGCUCGAUUGGCAACUCUCGGAGCACUGGGAGCUGAUGGUCUCGAUUGGAAAGUCUUCACGAGUUCCUGCCUACCAAAGAAAUUCCGAGAAGAUGUGACUUUUGGUGGAACCACUUACAAAGUCAGCGGAGUUCCAGAUGGCUAUGCAGGCUACAAGCUGUGCUACUACGAGGUGAUGAGGGUGAUCAAGGGAAUCGUGCACCAGCCUUAUGAGGUGAAAGGCAGCAGCGUGUUCUAUGCUUUCUCCUACUACUUCGACAGAGCUGUGGAGUCUGGCCUCAUUGAUGGCAGCCGAGGUGGCGCAAUCGAAGUCAAGGACUUUAAGAAGCGAGCCAAAGAGGUGUGCAACAAAAUGACCAAAUACCGUGCCGUCAGCCCCUUCCUGUGCAUGGACAUGACGUACAUCACCUGCUUGCUGAAGGAGGGCUUUGGCUUCAAGGACAACACAGUGCUGCAGCUGGCCAAAAAGGUGAACAACGUGGAGACCAGUUGGGCCCUGGGCGCCACCUUUGACUACUUCAAGAACCUCAACAUCCACUAAGGGCAGCUCAAGGGCAAUGCAGUCAGCACUGAGAGGGGCACUUUCGUCACUGCGGGGCUUCCCUCCCUCCCUCCGCACAGACACACCCUGUCCCAUCUUGCCCACCCUCCUCUUCCUCCCAGCAAACACUACCAGAACUGUUUAAGAAAAUAAGAAAUCACUAUAUUUUUAUAAGGCCAGCUAUUUCUACUGUAUGUUGAGCCCCUGACUGCUGGGCUGACUUUAUUUUUGUCGAGCAUUUUUUUUGGUUCCUAAUGGGUAUUUGGAAAUGUGUCCUCACCUUGCUGUCCAGUGCGUGGUCACGGUGGUUUGAUGCCGCCCGGUUGUGGCGUAAUGGAAGUCUUACUCGAGUCACCUGUCUUUAUGCUUUCUUUUAUCGAAGACGCUAACGAUUUCACGGGAAAUUCCAUUGGACAAAGUCGAUGAGCAGUUAGACAAGCGCGUAGCUUCUGUCAUUCAACUUUGCACGCAACACUUUCAUCGUAGCCGUUCAUCAUGACUCGGGAGGUCAGAGUUCACUCUCAGAGUGUGUCUGGUGAGCUGUCACAUGCACAAAAUGAAUGCUUUUAUUUUUCUGUUUCCUGAACAAAAUUGCAAAGGAGCAAUAGAACAACCUCGAAUCAAGUGGAGUUAACAACGUCAUUAAGCAAAAGUAAACACAAAGGAUACAUCUGUGACUUUUUAAACUUGUGGGGAUGUUGCUGAUUGUUCAACAGCAUUCAUGAUUUAUACUCCUUCUUCUCUUGUGCACUGUACAAAUAUUUAAAUAGCUGAAAAUUUGAGUUUAUUGGAAGCUUUUAACCUUCAAUGCUCUUGAAAUACUCCACCCCGCUGUCUUCCAAGUAUACAAAACGCUCCAUAACUACUGUUGUAUAGAUGCCAGUUACAGUUACCAAGAACUGCUUUCAAAUGCUAAGAUUCGAUGCCAUGUCACAGUUGCUCAGAAUGCUCAUUAGCUGAUUAACCUGAUGCUUUUGCUUUGUAAAUUGUUUCUUUCUUAUUCAACGAAAUGCUUGUUUUAGAAUAUGUGAAUAUGUAUGGUUCUUUUCCUUUAGUAAAUAAAUAUACACAAAUGUAA